AUGAAGCUCAUUUGGUCUCCAGAAACUGCUUCAAAGGCUUACAUAGACACUGUAAAAUCAUGUGAGAAGUUGAGACAAUCUGGGGUUCCGGAGCUUCUGUCUGCCAUGGCAGCCGGCUGGGAUGCGAAGCUAAUCGUGGAGUCGUGGUCCCAGGGUGAUCCAAUAGCCACGAGUAUCGGCCUCGCCAUGGCAGCCCGCCACACGCGCGGACGGCAUGUGUGCAUAGUCCCAGACGAAAUUUCAAGAUCGGAGUACGUAAAUGCCACAAGAAACGCGGGGGUUAUGCCAGAGGUGGUGGUCGGGGAGGCUGAGGCGGCAACAGGGGCAGGUGUGGAUUUUCUGGUGGUGGAUUGCAAGGGGAGGGACUUUUCUAGGGUUUUGAUGAGGGCUAAGGUGAGUCCUAAAGGGGCAGUAUUUGCAUGCAAAAAUGCGUGUCAAAGGAACGUUUCUGGGUUCAAAUGGCAUGGUGCGGUUGAGAAGGGGACACGAGUUGUGAGGACAGUGUUUUUGCCUGUUGGGAAGGGGUUGGAUAUUGCUCAUAUAGGCUAUGGAGCUGGAGGUGGAAAUGUUGUGGAGUCAAAUAAGAAGGGUCCUAGCCGUUGGAUCAAGCAUAUUGAUCAUCGAUCAGGGGAGGAGCACUUGUUUUGGGAGUGAGAGUUUCAUGCUAAGAUUUUUAAAAGAGAUGUCUAGAUAGAGAUGAUCACUAGCCAGCUAGUUUGUGUAUAAAUGUAAUAAGUUGAACAUAUGUAUUAUCAUAUCAAAGUCAUAUAUGUAUAUGUUCUUUCAUAAGAAGAAAAAGAAAAGAAACGAAACAAGAGACUAAAUACUAAUUCAAAUUAAUAAUCCAAAUG